AGCAAAGUCUGAAAUGGAUGUUACAUGAAUCACUUUAAGGGCUGCGCACAACUAUGAACGUUUUGAAGCCGUUUUCUCACUAAAGUCUCUCAAGAUGGAUGAGUCUGCCUUGCUGGACCUUCUGGAGUGCCCCGUGUGUCUAGAACGUUUGGAUGCUUCUGCAAAGGUCCUACCUUGCCAGCAUACGUUUUGCAAACGAUGUUUGCUGGGGAUUGUGGGUUCCCGGAAUGAACUCAGAUGUCCUGAAUGCAGGACUCUUGUUGGCUCUGGGGUUGACGAGCUCCCCAGUAACAUCCUACUGGUCAGACUUCUGGAUGGUAUCAAGCAGAGGCCUUGGAAACCCGGCCCUGGUGGGGGCGGUGGGACCACCUGCACAAACGCAUUAAGGGCACAGGGCAGCACUGUGGUUAACUGUGGCUCAAAAGAUCUGCAGAGCUCCCAGUGUGGACAGCAGCCUCGAGUGCAAGCCUGGAGCCCCCCAGUGAGGGGAAUACCUCAGUUACCGUGUGCCAAAGCAUUAUAUAACUACGAAGGAAAAGAGCCUGGAGACCUUAAGUUCAGCAAAGGUGACAUCAUCAUUUUGCGCCGACAAGUGGAUGAAAAUUGGUACCACGGGGAAGUCAACGGGGUCCACGGCUUUUUCCCCACCAACUUUGUGCAGAUCAUCAAACCGUUACCUCAGCCCCCACCUCAGUGCAAAGCACUUUAUGACUUUGAAGUGAAAGACAAGGAAGCUGACAAAGAUUGCCUUCCCUUUGCAAAGGACGACGUACUGACUGUGAUCCGCAGAGUGGACGAAAACUGGGCUGAGGGAAUGCUGGCAGACAAAAUAGGAAUAUUUCCAAUUUCAUACGUCGAGUUUAACUCAGCUGCCAAGCAGCUGAUAGAGUGGGAUAAACCUCCCGUGCCAGGAGUGGACACAGCAGAAUGCCCCUCAGCAACAGCGCAGAGCAGCUCUGCCUCAAAGCACUCCGACACCAAGAAGAACACCAGGAAGCGACACUCCUUCACCUCCCUCACCAUGGCCAAUAAGUCUUCCCAGGCGUCCCAGCACCGCCACUCCAUGGAGAUCAGCCCUCCUGUGCUCAUCAGCUCCAGCAAUCCCACAGCCGCAGCCCGCAUCAGCGAACUGUCCGGGCUCUCCUGCAGCGCCCCGUCUCAGGUUCAUAUAAGCACCACUGGGUUAAUUGUGACCCCACCCCCUAGCAGCCCAGUGACAACUGGCCCUUCAUUCACGUUCCCGUCAGAUGUCCCCUACCAAGCUGCCCUUGGAACUAUGAAUCCUCCUCUUCCUCCACCCCCUCUCCUGGCUGCCACUGUACUGGCCUCCACCCCAUCAGGCGCUACCGCUGCUGCUGUUGCUGCUGCCGCUGCUGCCGCCGCAGCCACUGGAAUGGGACCCAGGCCUGUGGUGGGAUCCACUGACCAGAUUGCACAUUUACGUCCUCAGACUCGUCCCAGUGUAUAUGUUGCUAUAUAUCCAUACACUCCCCGGAAGGAAGAUGAGCUGGAACUGAGGAAAGGGGAGAUGUUCUUGGUGUUUGAGCGUUGCCAGGAUGGUUGGUACAAAGGGACAUCCAUGCACACCAGCAAGAUAGGUGUCUUCCCUGGCAACUACGUGGCGCCUGUCACAAGGGCGGUGACAAAUGCCUCUCAAGCUAAAGUCCCUAUGUCUACUGCGGGUCAGACAAGUCGUGGGGUGACCAUGGUCAGUCCCUCCACUGCGGGAGGGCCUACACAGAAGCCCCAAGGAAACGGCGUGGCUGGGAAUUCUAGCGUCGUCCCUACAGCUGUGGUGUCAGCAGCUCAUAUCCAGACAAGUCCUCAGGCAAAGGUCCUGCUGCACAUGACUGGGCAGAUGACAGUCAACCAGGCCCGCAACGCUGUGCGGACAGUUGCAGUACAUAACCAGGAACGCCCCACGGCAGCAGUGACUCCCAUCCAGGUCCAGAAUGCUGCCUGCCUCGGUCCUGCAUCCGUGGGCCUGCCCCAUCAUUCUCUGGCCUCCCAACCUCUGCCUCCAAUGGCAGGUCCUGCCGCCCACGUUGCUGCCGUUGGCAUCAAUCGAACCAAUGCCCCCCUGGCCUGUGCUGCAGGGGCUUCUCUGGCCUCCCCAAACAUGACCACUGCCACUUUGGAGAACGAGCCCAGUGGUCGAACACUGACCAUCCUCCCUGGACUCCCUACGUCUCCUGAGAGUGCUGCAUCAGCGUGCGGGAACAGUUCAGCUGUGAAACCAGACAAGGACAGUAAGAAAGAAAAAAAGGGCCUACUGAAGCUGCUUUCUGGUGCCUCCACCAAACGCAAGCCCAGAGUCUCCCCUCCAGCAUCACCUACCUUGGACGUGGAGCUGGGUACAGGGGAGGUUCCCUUGCAGGGAGCAGUGGGUCCUGAGUUGCCGCUAGGGGGCGGCCACGGCAGAGGGGGAUCCUGCCCCGCAGAUGGGGAUGGUCCAGGGGCCGCCGGGACAGCAACAGCCUUAGCCCAGGAGGCUUUCCAUCGCAAGACAAGCUCCCUGGAUUCCGCAGUGCCCAUCGCUCCACCACCUCGCCAGGCCUGCUCCUCCCUGGGUCCAGUCAUGAAUGAGGCCAGGCCUGUUGUUUGUGAAAGGCACAGGGUAGUGGUUUCCUACCCUCCUCAGAGUGAGGCAGAACUUGAACUCAAAGAAGGAGAUAUUGUGUUUGUUCAUAAGAAACGAGAGGACGGCUGGUUCAAAGGCACGUUGCAAAGAAAUGGGAAGACUGGCCUUUUCCCAGGGAGCUUUGUGGAAAACAUCUGAGGAGAUUGAACACGGAGAAAGCUUAACAUCACAUCAUAUGACUAAAGAGCACAAAGCAGUUUCAUAGAAAGAGCACAUCUGUGGACUUCCAGAUCUUCAAGAGCUGAGAGGAAGAUGGGCACAUGACUCCAGAGCCCCAGCCUGGUUACCCCAGGGGCAGAGUGAAGGGGCCGCUCCUGUGUGGGCUCCGUCCCUCUGGGUUCUGAUGUGUAAAGUGUGCCUUGUCCAAUGGACUAUACAGAUCAAUGUCUUUUUUUUUUUAAGAUGUUUAACUAAAAUGGACAAUUGUUUACAAGGCUUAACUAAUUUAUUUGCUUUUUUUAAAACUUGAACUUUCUUGUAAUAGCAAAUUCUUUGGGUUAUGGUUUUUAGAAAAUAUUAAUUUAUGAAAUGACGGUUAAGGAGAAGCUGGGUUCUCUCCUGUCUGUUGAGAACAAGAGAUUCUUUUUGACACAGACUGCAUCUCCCCCUCCCCUGCUCGCUGUCCUCCUCCCUGCUGUUAUAUUUUGCUCUGUUUAGACAAAAAUGCCAGUUUUCCAAACAGACAGCUGAAUCAGACCCAGGAAGGACCUGGGACGAGGAGAUGGCAGACUCCAGAUACAGGAGUUAGUAGUUCCCCAUCUGUCCGCUUUGAUCAGAAAUCAACCUGAAGACCUAACCCUCGAUUUCCUUUUGUGGGUUUUUCAUUUUCCUUAAACGAAAUGGGUAAAGUAAGAAGCAAACUAAAGCACAACCAUUGAUUGAAAAAUACGCAUUUGUCUGCUAACACAAGCAGCAACGCAUUGGGUAGUCGCUGUGUAUGAAUGAAUGGCUUUGAACCGUAAUUCCCAUUCUAUCCCCAAGUAAUCUGCAUGCCCAAGACACAGUAAAAGUUUGUGAGACGGUGGUGGUAAGAGAUGCACUCGUGUUAAAGUCAAAGGCUGUAAGGAACACUGUGAACGUUUCCAUUCAUCCAUUGCGAUUUUUCCACCAUCUUGCAUGUGUUACUGAAUUUUCACAGUGGUAUGGACUGUGCAUGGUGUGUGUAUUUCAUAGUGAUUUUCACUCAGAACUGACCGACACAGGAGGUUUAACAUACACAGCAGUCUCUUCCCUGCCCCACUACCACUACUGACCGAGAUGUCGUAAGUUUGUUCCCUCUCUGGUGAAGGCACACGUUAGCCAGCACACCAGUAGUUAGUUAAAAUGCUCAUCCACUUGUGUCCUCCUAGCCGACCAUGUGAAGGGCGAGCUUCUCCGGCAGACCGCUCGCUCCUGUGACUGUGUUAAAGCUCUACAAGGCUUGUUGGGAGGGGCUGUGCCCACACGUUACAAUUGUGGCAGGGUCCGCCUGAGCCCAUCUUUUUAUAUCCAUCCUUUGAUGCCCUCUUCCAGUUGCACCCCAGCUGUGGGUCUGGCUAGUCCUGAAAACAGAUGGAGGAGAGACAGCCUGGUAGUGAAGGACCUUGUUCUACAAUUCUCUUCUGAGUAAGGAAACAAGAAAGUCAACAGCCAACCAACCUUUUCCUUUUUGUUUUUUUAACUUUAAGAUAAAAGUAACUGGGAAAUAUUGACGUGAACUGAAGAAUCCCAGAUGGCAAGAGAUCCCCUGGUCUUAAAAAGAUACGUAAUGUGGUUAGAAAUGGAAUCAUUCCUGUUAACUGAUUUUUAUAUAUAUAUAAAAACACUGUAUAUUAUGUUCCUUUGUGUUGAAUUUUUUUUAAAGAAAUACUUUACUUGGAUAUUCCUGUAAUAUAUGAAGUUUUGGUGAAAUGAACUUUAGUUAGAAAAAAAGCUGACAUCAGCUUUCAUGUGUGUGAGUUGACACCAAUGUGUCAUAAUAUUCUUUAUUUUGGAAUAUUAGUGUAUUUUAUAGAAAUUUUAAAAAAGCAAAAAGACUACUACAAGUUAAGAUGAUUUUUUUUUUUUACCUAUCUUUUCUCCAUAUUUUCAGCUAUGUGAUUGAAGUAUCCGUGGUAAUAGCUUCCUGGUAUAAUGUUGGUUAAACUCUUCAUCUGUUGCUAGAUCAUUAGGUGAUAUAAUGUGUGGGUUUUGUAUUGGGCUUUUUGGAGACCGUAGAUGGAUGUCGUAACAAGGGUUUGUUCCACCGUGGUGGGGACGGGAAAUGGACAGUUUCUCAUGCCUUUUAUGUUAAUUUCGAGGAAUGGAUAAAAGGUUUCAUUAUUAAAAAUUGAUGUUCAACCCUUCUA